ACAAGACAACCUCAUACCAGAAGUAGGAAGCCAAACUGAGUUCCGACAGUUUACCGAACUUCACUUAUAGCAUCUCAUCGUUCAAAAAACACUUUUUGCAGAAAAACCAAAUGUAAUGGAAAAGGAAGACCGCAGCUUUUGAUUAAAUAGCCUCAGGCGUUGGUAUUUCUCAGCCUCCAUCCAACGAGACUCGAGGUUACGACCAACAACAUUGCAAGUCAUCAUUAUACAUUUGAAACUAAACUAGUUUUCUAGUUAUCUCAGGGAUUAAAUCCCUAUGCUAUGGACGAGGACCCUGAAGACCCGUCCAGCCCGUCUCCAUCCUGCUCCACGGAACCCCAACCCACUAUGUCCCCGGGUCCGGACAGGAACCAUGGUGACCAGGAGGACAGUAACCAUGGUGAUCAGAAAGACACACCGCAGGGUCAGGAGAGGGUUACUGUGAGUCUGGACAUCAACAGUGAAACACCAACAUUUAAUAUCGUAGUCAAAGAAGAAGAAGAAGACUGGGAACUAGAUAAUACAGGAGAGAGUCCCAGCCAUCACUCUGCAGCCGGGGAGAGACCCUCUACAUCAGGAGAACCUGAACAACACCAGAUGAAACGCAGAACGAGGCAGAAAAAGACCCACCCAUGCCCAGAUUGUGGGAAAUACUGCCAGACAUUAUCGGCGCUACAAAUACACAUGAGAACCCACACAGGAGAGAAGCCUUAUGCCUGCUUUGUGUGUAAGAAAACGUUCAUUAUUAGACAAGCUUUGAAAACACACCAGCGAACACACACAGGAGAGAAGCCUUAUACCUGCUCUGAGUGUGGCAAGGGCUUCGCUCAUCAAUGUAGUUUGAGAUACCAUCAAAAGAGGAAUUCUGAACAGAUUAAAACAGACCCGAAUGAGAAGAUGACCUGCUGUUGUGGACAAGAGUUCUCCUCAAAGUGCGUUCUGGAGGUUCACUUGAAGACGGACACGGGAGCCAAGCCUUACAGCUGCUGUGUGUGUGGCAAGAGGUUCAAUAAAGAAUCAUUAAAAGAACACCAGCGAUCUCACACAGGAGAGAUGCCUUACUCUUGCUCUUUCUGUGGCAAGGGUUACUAUCACAAACCGGCUUGGAAAGCCCACGAGCGAACGCACACCGAGGAGAAGCCCCUGUGCUCCGUGUGCGGACGGACCUGCUCUAGUAAGUAUACGUUAAAAGUCCACGAGCGAACACACACAGGAGAUAUGCCUUUCCUCUGCUCUGAGUGUGGCAAGGGCUUCAUCAGUAAAGGACUCCUGAUGACCCACGAGCGAUUCAACUGUUCCGGGGGAGAAGAACGACGGCGAGCGAAGAGGUUUCACAAGUGUCCGGACUGUGGGAAGGAGUUCACACAAGCAAACAAACUGGAGAGACACAUGAGAACACACACAGGAGAGAGGCCUUACCAGUGCUCUGUGUGUGGGAUGAGGUUCAACCAGAAAGGGAAUCUCAAAACGCAUUUUAAAGUGCACACAGGCAGGGAUCCCAGUUUGCUGCCUGACAUGGACAUGAGGACGACUUCUUCAGAAGCAGCGAAACAACCUCCGGACAACAGACAUAAUGUUGGGAAACCACAACAAUUUCUGAAUCAGAUUGGCAAGGAGGGAACCCACAACCUACCGGCACCACAAACCCACAACCUACCGGCACCACAAACCCACAACCUACCGGCACCACAAACCCACAACCUACCGGCACCACAAAUCCACAACCUACCGGCACCACAAAUCCACAACCUACCGGCACCACAAACCCACAACGUUCCGUCACCACAAACCCACCACCUACCGGCUCCACAAACCCACCACCUCCCGGCAGGGCAGAGGGAGGGAAGCCACCACCACCUCCCGGCAGCGCAGAGGGAGGGAAGUCACCACCACCUCCCGGCAGGGCAGAGGGAGGGAAUCCACCACCACCUCCCCAGCGCCACCACCACCACCUCCCGGCAGCGCAGAGGCGGGAAGCCACCACCACCUCCCGGCAGCGCAGAGGGAGGGAAGCCACCACCACCUCCCGGCAGGAAGCCACCACCACCUCCCGGCAGCGCAGAGGGAGGGAAGCCACCACCACCUCCCGGCACCACAGAAACCCACCAUGUCCCCCAGGGGAGAAAAACACUAUCUCUGCCCUGA